ACUCUUCUACGCCUCUCUCUCUGCAAUUACUCUUUGAGAGAAUCUCUUUCUAGAAUAUUGAGUAUUGCUGACUUGAGCGUCGGAGUGUUUUCCCCAAGGAAACAUCAUUGGGAAUUUCAGGUGUGGAAGCAGCUGAAGAUAUCAACAGUGUUGGAUCACGAAGCUGCCCAAACAUUUGGUGUCGUCUGUGGGAAACGAACAAAAAGAACUGCGACGUAACUAGCUCGAGCUGAAAAUGGUGCGAACCGUCACAAGAAACCACCCCCCACGAGGCAACAUGGACGAACAGGACAAUACUCAGCUCUUGGAAAGUGAUUUGAAUGACUUCCAACCAAUGCCCAAAAACCUUUUCGUGGGAGGAGCAGAACAAGAACAAUCAAAUACUUCGGACGAUGAACGAACACCCACUGGGUCCAUGAAAGCUGCUCAGACGACCGAGCUAGAAGAAAGAACCAAGGUUUUAGAAAUGGCCAUGGGAAAAAUCCUCUCUCGCUUGAUCCCUGAUGACCCCUUAAUCCCUCUACUAAAUAGGGGAGAACAGUCUACUACAGUAGUUGCCACCCGUAAUUCCUCAGCUUUAAGAACAUAUGAUGGCUCCAAUGACCCGGAUGAACAUUUACACACCUAUCAAGCCAUCAUGAAGAUUCAGAAUGCUAUCGAUGCCAUGAUGUGCAAAGUAUUCCCUGCAACAUUGAAAUCCACUGCCAGAAGAUGGUCAACAAGUUUCAUACUGUCAGAAGACUUCCAAUCGUCUAAACGGCGAGUUGACGAUAAACAAAGUAAAGAGCAUAAGCAGCCUGAAGCAACGGAAGAGAAGAAAAAGCAGAAGGUGGGCGAGCAGAGAGGAAAGCCACUGUCAUUCCCUAGAUAUGCCAAUUAUAUCCCUCUGAGCUCGUCAAGAUCUCAGAUAUUGGCGCAGAUACAACAUUGGGUCAAGAGACCACCUCCUCAAACACAUGAAUACCCACAAGCUGAUAAAAGCAAAUAUUGUGACUAUCACCGAGCUUAUGGUCAUAACACAGAUGAUUGUCAGAGCUUAAAGGACGAGCUAGAAUUCUUAGCUCGCAAUGGGAAAUUGGAAGGAUACGUCCAGAAACCUUAUGCCCAGCAACCCAGGGAGGAGCCUGAUAUUAUGAUGCUCCAUGCAGACCCCUUUGUAGCAACAGUGCACAUAGACAAUCAUAAUGUCAACAAAGUCUUCAUUGAUACAGGUACGGAGCCACGGUUCAGGAUGGCAUCUGUCAGCUUCUUGGUGGUUAAGAUGGAGUCAGCAUACAAUGCCAUAAUUGGGAGAGCCACGCUGUGCGAGCUGAAAGCUAUCAUUUCCCAGCCACACCUUUGUAUGAAAUUCCCAACUCCUCAGGGAAUAGGGGUGCUCAAGGGAAAUCAAAAAAUGGCUAGAGCAUGCUACCAGGACACUUUCAAGAAAGUUGAACUAGCUCCAAUGCCAAAAACUCCUUCUCUGGUUACUAGACCGAACCAACCAGAAUCGGGCAAAUUCCUGGGGUAUGUGAUGUCUAAGAAAGGAAUUGAGGUCAACUCGGAUAAGGUUAUGGCUGUGCAGCAGAUGAAACCUCCUAAGACCGUGAAAGAUGUACAGCGUCUAACAGGUCGUCUUGCCGCCCUGCACAGAUUCAUGGCCAGGUUGGCAGAAAGAUGCCUCCCAUUCUUCAGAGCUUUGCGAGAGCCAAAAAGCUUCCAGUGGACGAGUGAAUGCCAACAGGCCUUUGAUGAACUUAAGCAAUACCUGGCAUCCCCACCUUUGCUCUCCAAGCCUAUUGAAGGAGAAAGGUUGUACUUAUAUCUGGGGAUAGCAGAUGAGGCGGUCAAUUCAAUUCUGUUAAGGGAGCAAGAUAAACAACAGAAACUCAUCUGUUAUAUCAGUAAAGUCUUGCAAGAUGCAGAACGAAAUUAUCCUAUUGCUGAAAAAGCUACUUUUGCACUUGUCUACACUGCCCAAAAGCUGAGGGCUUAUUUCCAAUCUCACGAUAUCAUUGUCUACACUGACCUACCGCUAAAAAAGAUACUGCAGAAACCAGAGCUUUCUAGUUGGCUAAUUGGAUGGGCAGUCGAGCUGAGCGAAUACGACCUCAAAUUUCAACCAUGCACAGCCAUCAAGGGUCAAGCUUUAGCAAACUUCCUAGUGGAGUGCCACCCACCAGCUGAAGAAAAAACCUCGCCAGCGGGACCGAUAUGGACUCUGUUUGUAGAUGGGGCUGCGAGCGUUGAAGGAUCAGGGGCAGAGGCAGUGCUAAUAGACCCAAACGGUUUCAAAUCUGAGCACGCAUUGAGAUUUAGCUUUAAGACCACGAAUAACGCCGCCGAGUACAAAGCACUCAUCUAUGGUCUGAAGCUGGCGUCCGCGCUGAAAGCACAGCACAAAAGAGUCUUCAGCGACUCCCAGCUCGUAGUCAAGAUGAAGGCAAACUUUAUUUCGUUUCGGAUUGAUAAGAUACCAAGGGCGGAUAAUAAACGAGCUAAUGAGUUGUCGAAGCUGGCUUCAUCGCAAGAUAUCAAUCCUCAUAGGAUGACAGUUGUUGAGAUCCUAGACGAAUCGAGUUACACUGACUUGGGGGACAAGUGCUUGGUGUUGAGUACAGAUCCCUCAUCGCUGAGCUGGACUACGCCAUUGAUUAAGUACUUGCGAAAUGGUGAAUUGCCUGAGGAUCCAUCUAAUGCUCGAUUGGUUAGGCGUAGGGCGGCACAUUUUACCUUGAUUAACGACCAGUUGUAUAAGCGAGUGGCUUCAAUGCCCCUACUACGCUGUCUCACUCCCUAUAAAGCUGAAUACGCAAUGAGAGAGGGGUUUUACUGGCCUACCAUGGUCGAAGACGCACAGAGUUACGUUAAAAAGUGCCCGACCUGUCAGUUCAACGCUGAUGACAUUCACAUGCUAGGGCAAAUGUUAUCUUCUCUCACAUCACCCUGGCCUUUCGCCCAGUGGGGCGUUGACCUCCUCGGACCCUUUAUCAAAGGUGAAGGAGGCUGCACGCACCUCAUUAUCGCUGUAGAUUACUUUACUAAAUGGAUAGAAGCCAAACCAUUAUCCAUGACAACUGAAAGGAAGAUUGAGGAAUUCAUAUUCAAUUCCAUAUUAUGCAGGUUUGAUAUUCCUAGACGAAUCAUUGUUGAUAAUGGGCCUCAAUUUCGAGCUGCUGCCCUCAGGUCGUUUUGUAAUGAUUACGGUAUUGAGCUCUCCCUCACGUUUGUGUAUACCCCACAGUCCAACGGACAGGCAGAGUUAGCUAAUAAGAUAGUUCUGCAAGGACUUAAGACAUGUGUCCUAGCCGCCCACUCCAACUGGGUUGACGAGCUCAAUAAGGUAUUAUUGUCAUGCCGUACAACUCCCAGCUCAGCUACUGGAGAGACCCCAUUCUCCCUUGCUUAUGGAACUGAAGCCGUUCUUCUUGUGGAAGUCGGUUUAGCCACUAACCAAUAUGCCCGGCUUGAUCAUCCUGAUAACGAGCAAUUCCUCAGAGAAAACCUAGACCUAGUGGAAGAGGUUAGGGAAGCAUCUAGGAUUAAAAACAUGGUGUAUCAAGGCCACGUCGCCAAAUUUUACAAUAAGCAGAUCAAUGGGCAUGGAUGCGUCAGCACGAGCUGGAGAAGGGAUGGUAGCAGCGGGGACGGGCUAAGGUGUUGCACCGUCGUGUCAGUAGGGGAAGCAAGGCUCUUCCCUUCUUCAUCGAACUCCUCACCCUCAAAGAAAGCUAGCUCACCAAUUGGAAAGUCUAGUCGCACCCACCAGCCACUUCGCGCCUUGAGCUCACGCGAUGCUUAUGCAGCGCUGGUGUUGAGUUUUGGCCUUCCUCAGCCUUUCCUCUGCGCGAGCAAGGUCCUGAUUGGCCACUGCUACCCUCUGUCUAAGAGUGUUGAGGUCAUUCAAAGCAUUGUCUCUUUCAGCCUUAGCCUUCUUUGCGCGAUCCACCACACAAACGACCUCAUCCAUGGCCGCUUGGAUCCCACUCUCCUUUUCGGCCUGAACCUUCUCCAAACUCCUCCUUCAGCUGGUUGACUUUGUUGGCCAACUCAUCAGCCCGGCUCUCUGCUGAUGCAGCUCUGUUGGCCAUCUCUAAGCUUUGCAAGCGGUUCACCUCAUCCUACAAGCUUGCCUUGUUAGAUGUUAGCCUCUUGCACGAGUCAGUUAGCUUG